AUGGCCACCCCUGGCAAGCGAGCCCCGCUGCUCGGCUCCCUGCUGGAGCGCCGCCGGCCGGGCCGCGCGCCGCCCCCGCCGCACCGGCAGCAGCUGCUGCCCACCUCGUCGGCGUGCGCCUUGCAGCCCAAGGAGGAGGCGCCUGCGUGCCCCUUCCGCUCGCCCCACGCCCUCGCCGCCCUGCCCGGCCCCACCAAGUGGCCCUUGGUGGGCAGCCUGGUCCAGAUCCUGCGGAAAGGCGGCCUCAAGAAGCAGCACGAGACGCUGGCUGAUUACCACCACAAGUUUGGCAAGAUCUUCCGCAUGAAACUGGGCGCCUUUGACUCGGUGCACAUCGGCGCGCCCUGCUUGCUCGAGGCUCUCUAUAGGAAGGAAAGCACCUAUCCGCAGCGCCUGGAAAUCAAGCCCUGGAAAGCCUACCGGGACUACAGGGACGAGGGCUACGGACUGCUCAUCCUAGAAGGGAAGGACUGGCAGAGAGUAAGAAGCGCGUUUCAGCAGAAAUUAAUGAAGCCCACGGAGAUUGUGAAGCUGGAUUCCAAAAUCAACGAGGUUUUAGCAGAUUUCAUGGAUCGAAUGGACACACUUUGUAACAAGAAUGGAGAAAUAGAAGAUUUAUAUUCUGAACUGAACAAAUGGUCAUUUGAAAGUAUCUGUCUGGUACUGUACGGGAAGAGGUUUGGGCUCCUGCAGAAGAAGGUGGGAGAUGAAGGUUUGAGCUUUAUCAAGGCCAUCAAGACGAUGAUGAGCACUUUUGGGAUGAUGAUGGUGACUCCGGUUGAGCUCCACAAAAGUCUAAACACAAAAGUUUGGCAGGCUCACACAAAGGCAUGGGACCAUAUCUUCAAGACAGCAAAACGUUCCAUCAACAGCAGGCUGAAGAAAUACUCGGCCAAUCCCAGUGAAGAUUUCCUUUGUGAUAUUUAUUUUGAGAACCAGCUUUCCAAGAAAGAAUUGUAUGCUGCCAUCACUGAGUUUCAGAUUGCAGGAGUGGAAACGACUGCCAACAGUUUACUCUGGGCUCUCUACAACAUCUCACGCAACCCGCACGUCCAGGCGAAGCUGCUUGAGGAAAUACAGAGUGCGCCCGUGGCUGGAGAGAGCCCAAGCGCUGAACACCUGAAGCAAAUGCCCUACUUAAAGGCCUGCCUGAAAGAGUCUAUGAGGCUGACCCCCUCUGUGCCAUUUACCACUCGGACUCUCGACAAAGAAACAGUCCUUGGUGACUACGCGCUUCCUAAAGGGACAGUAUUGAUGUUAAAUAGUCAUAUCCUGGGAUGCUGUGAAGAAAACUUCAGCGACUGGACUCAGUUUAAGCCAGAACGGUGGCUGCAAAAGAACAUCAACCCGUUCGCUCACAUUCCUUUCGGCAUUGGGAAGCGGAUGUGCAUCGGACGCCGUUUGGCUGAGUUGCAGCUUCAUUUGGCUCUCUUCUGGGUUGUACGGAAGUACCAGGUUAUUGCAACCGAUGACAAGCCAGUUGAAACCCUGCACUCGGGACUCCUGAUCCCCAACCGUGAAAUCCCUGUUGCCUUCAGAAUACGAUCAGUGUGGCAGUUCCUGAGCAUCACAGACCUGCCUGAAGAACAACUUUGGGAAAUUCAAAAAGUUGUGCACACUUCCCAGUAG